AUGCAGAGUUCAGUAAAAGCCAUCGGUUUAAAAAUCCGAACGAUGGGUAAAAAUCAAACAUCCCAAUCGGCAAGAAUCAGAACACCAGAGCAAGCCCAUUUGAAUAAUGCUGUUAACGAUGGAACAGUGAUGCUAAGUCAUGGAUACUGUUUGGCACACAAACUCGGUUCUGGUAGUUAUUCCAAAGUACGGAUGGCCGUGCACAAGACGACCCGAAAACGUGUUGCUGUCAAGAUCAUUGAUAGAAGACGAGCACCUAGAGAUUACCAGGAUCACUUUCUUCCAAGAGAAUUGGCCGUCAUUCGUCAGCUUCAGCAUCCAAAUGUUCUGCGUACAUAUGAGUGGUUUGAACAGAAUCAAAAGGUCUACAUGGUUUUAGAAUUAGCAGAAUCUGGUGAUGUAUUGGAGUAUAUACGUACUGUUACCAAGGGUUCCGUCCCAGAGGUGCUUGCAAGAAAGUGGUCCCUCCAAACUGGACGAGCUCUUCUUUACAUGCAUGAGAUGGAUGUGGCACACCGCGAUGUAAAGUGUGAAAACCUGUUACUCGAUCGCUGUAACAACAUCAAACUAACUGACUUUGGCUUCGUAAGAUCAGUCGGGAAGGGUAGUCUCAGUAAGACCUACUGUGGAUCUGCUGCAUAUGCUGCUCCAGAGAUCAUCCGUUCUGUGCCUUACUGUCCUUUCAAGAGUGACGUGUGGGCUUUUGGAGUGGUCAUCUACAUCCUGGUUGUUGGCUGUAUGCCGUUUGGUGAUGACGUCAAGAACAUAAAGAAGAUCCUUCAUCAGCAAUAUUCAGGUGCUCAUUUCAACGCCAGUAAUAGCACUAAUGUCAGAGACGAAUGUCGGGACCUGAUUAGAAGCAUGUUGACCAUAUCUACUAAGACUAGGUUGGCACUAGGAGAGGUGAUGGAGAGCGAGUGGCUCAAUCAAGUUCAGAUUUCUUAA